CGCAGAAUAUGUGAAAAGCUCAGAAAUUGUGUAGGAGCGCGCUUGUAACACAACUCGUAAGAAAAGGCUCCAGAGUUUUUGAUUUUAUUUCGCAGUAGUUUUUAAUAAUUUUUCUUUCAAAUAUGAUAUUUUUAUUAGUUUUAGUGGCUUUGUUGGUCGGUCUUUUGACCGUCAUAUACUUCAUUCUAUUGGAGAACACCAAGUCUCUGCAAUACAAAUCGGAGGUUAAACUGGACGGCAAAACAGUUCUGAUAACUGGUGCUACAUCGGGAAUUGGUAAAUCCACUGCCUUUGAACUGGCCACUUAUGGGGCACGGAUUAUUCUGGCCUGUCGCAACCGGCAAAAGGCUGAGGCUACCUGCGAGGAGAUCCAGCAGAAAACGGGAAACGAUAACAUCAAAGUCCUGGAUUUAGAUUUAUCUGAUUUGGAUUCUGUUAAGUCGGCUGCCGAGGAAAUAAAGAAAACAGAGAGCAGGCUUGAUAUUCUCAUCAAUAAUGCAGCGAUUGGAGUAACUGAUAAUGAAAUGUCCAAACAAGGUUUCGACUUGACUUUCGCUACAAACCACCUCGGCCAUUUUCUGUUGACCCAUCUAUUGCUCGAUCUUAUGAAAAAAUCUGCACCCAGUCGCAUUAUAAAUGUUAGUUCAAAAGUGCACGAAUUUGUUCACGCUCCGCUUGAUUUCACCCUUCACCGAGAAGACUCAAAUAUAAAAUACAGCAAACUUGAAGGCUAUGCUGCGAGUAAAUUAGCUAAUAUUUACCAUAGUCGAUUCCUCAGUGAAGAACUUACUGGGACGAAAGUCACCAUUAACGCCAUGCAUCCGGGUUUUGUACGAACAAACAUUAUGAAAAGAAAUGUGAAAGAUACUUGUAAACGUUUGGUCAACAUCGUAUGCGCCUACACAUCUGUUUGGUUCGGUCGUGCACCAGAAGAUGCAGCAAAAACCUUGGUUUAUAUGGCUGUCGACCCCGAAUUGACCGAAGUAACUGGAGAGUAUUUCGAAAACGUUAGCAUACAAACUAAAAGUUUGUCAAGUUUAGCUCUUGACAAAGAGCAAGCGAGAAAGAUGAGGGAAAUUAGUUUCUUAGCUUGCAAAGAUUAUUUGGAUUUACCUGAAGAUAUAGCGAAAGUAGAAGAAGUAGGAGCUUUGCAGGAAGAGAAUGUACAGAAGGAAGAAGAAGGUACUCACGAGGGAUUGGCUGAAACGAAAACUGAAACGGAAACUGAAACGAAAGCAGAUCCAGAAAAUAGUUGUUCGAAUAUAUCUACAACUCCAUGUGAAUCAUCAUUUCCACCAAAAGCAAGCAAAGAAGAAGCAUCAGUAGCAGCAGCAGCAGCCACAACGGUUGCAGCAGCAGCAGCCACAACGGUUGAAGCAUCAGCUGAAACAGCAGCCACGGAAAUUGACGCAGCAUCAGCGGAAGUAGCAGAAACCAUUAAAGCUGCGACUGCUGAAUCAACGAACGUGUCAGCACCUGAAAUACAUACCAUUUCCGAGUCAGAUUUACCCACUCCACCUUGUUCUUUCACACCUUCUUCACUCGACGCCCUUAAUAAUAAAAACUCAGAGGAGAUUGAAGACCUUUCUGCUGACGUUUAUUCUUCGACGAACGAAAGCAAAGAAACAGUACAGGAAGCGAUUUACAAACCACUGAUACUUCCAGAAAUUACUGAGUCAAACGAACACUACCCACCAGCUGAGGUCGAUUCCAACUUGAAUUGCGACCCAUCAACUGCUUGUUCGGAUCGUACGAGCAGCAGUCGCGAGGACUCUCCUUUAAUUACCCUUGAUGACACUGAAAACUCGGAUAACCUUCAUGAGGAAGAAACGUUUUAAAAAAAAGACCUAAAUUGAUUGUAAUUAGACAACUUUUGUAGAGACACUGACCUCUCCACUCAAUGCAACAUGUUCCUCACACAACAUAUACAUACACGCACACACUUAUAUUUAUACAUGUAAAUAUGCACACACUCGCGCACACGUACAUACACACAUAUAUAUGUAUAUAUGUAUGUUUCAAAAGGUGCACUGGAAGGCGUGACAUGUUACCAAAUGUGUUGGGUAAGUUACCAAGUUCCACAAUAACCCUUAUUAUUCCAGUUAAGCCUGCGUGCGAGGUCAGCGCAAAUAUAUAAAAAGAAAACAAAUAACAUGACCUGUAUGAUAUGCUUUACGCAACGUACACAUGUUCAGUAAGCCUACAACCGUUAUAACACAAUGCAUUGGACUUCAUCAGCAAUAAGCUUUCAGUGUUCGUUAUAUAUAUAAAAUAUAUAUAACAUACAUGCAUGCAUGCAUACAUACAUACAUACACACAUACAUACAUACAUACAUACAUACAUACAUACAUACAUACAUACAUACAUUGGUAUCUGCUAUCAUUAGAGGCAGUGCAUUGGCAGACCCUUAUAUCGUCGGAUAAAAUGACUUGCGAUAUUUCUUCGGGUUUUCAAAUUUCUGAGUUCAAUUACCGUCGAGAUUAACUUUAUCUCUCAUCCGCCUGAAGUCCAUAAAAAAAGCACCAGUUAUGGACUGGGGUCGGUGUAAUAGACUAAUCCCGCCCCUACCAAAUUUCAGGCCUUCUGCCUUUAGUAGAAAGGAUUAUUAUUAUUAUUAUUAUUAUUAUUAUUAUUAUUAUUAUAUUAUUAUUAUUAUUAUUAUUAUUAUUAUUAUUAUUGUUCUGCUCUAAUGUUUUGCAGCAUCAGUCUCUAGUAAGUAGUUUUAUUAUAUCAACGAAAAAUAAAUUCCUUCUCCACGCAUAAAAAUAAAGUUUUUCUUUCAACUCUAAACCAUUUUCUGUCACUAUUUUAUCAUAUUACUGAUUUAAACGCAGUUUCCUUGAUUCCAUCGUCUUUUGCAAUAAAUUUUUGAACGAUGAGUUUCAUUUUCAGAUAGAAUAAGACAAUAGUAUUUGGAAUGAAAAAUGAAAUAAAGAUUUCUUCCAUAUGAAUGAAGCUUCCUAUUGAUUUGAUGGGGAAAAA